AUGGCUCCAUCAUCAUCCACACCGGAGAACAUAGAUUCUGAGGAUACCGCCGACGUACCAAGUCCCACGGUCGAAAGCCUCAAAGACUUCUCAACCUUUCCAAAUCUCUGGUAUCGAAUACAUGUUUUAAUUGCCGAUCUCAAGAGUUUUGACAAGUCCGCUUCCAAUAAACGGCUCGAGAAGGUCAUUGACCCAUCCUUCAUCGGCGAGCCCUAUUUUACUCCAAAAGAAGCAGAGACGAUCAAGAAGACCAUUAUUAACGGCAAGGAGUUCUCACAAGUUGUUGAAGAGGAACUGAAUAAGCGUCUCGAUCGACGUAACAGGAAACGUUUCGAGAGCGGUGACUUCCGCAUUUGUGCCGCCCACGAUCUUGCUCCUAUAAUGGCACAGGCACUGGGCAUCGACUUGAAGCAGCUGGAAAAGGACAAGCAAUUUGCAAAUCUGGUUGAAGGAAAGGGACUCUACCUGGGAGAACAAAGCUGGGGUGAGUUAAAGAAGAAGUCAUUUGCCCCUAAAACUAGAAAACGCCGGUAA